AUGGCGAACUCGGGGAUCCAGCUGCUGGGCUUCUUCUUGUCCCUGGUGGGCAUCACGGGGCUGAUCGUGGGGACCAUCCUGCCGCAGUGGAAGAUGUCCGCGUACAUCGGGGACAACAUCAUCACGGCCGUGGCCAUGUACCAGGGUCUGUGGAUGUCGUGCGCCUUCCAGAGCACGGGGCAGGUCCAGUGCAAGAUCUACGACUCCAUCCUGCAGCUCGACAGUUCUCUGCAGGCCACGCGAGCCCUGAUGAUCGUGGGUAUCAUCGUGUCCGUGGCGGGGCUGGGAGUGUCCUGUCUGGGCAUGAAGUGCACCACGUGUGGAGGGGGCGACAAGAUCCGCAAGUCCAGGGUGGCCAUGACGGGGGGCAUCGUGCUGCUGGUAGGAGGCAUGUGUUGUAUCGUGGCCUGCUCCUGGUUUGCCCACAACGUGAUCCGAGCCUUCUACAACCCCUACACUCCGGUCAACACCAAGUUUGAGUUUGGCGUGGCCAUCUUCGUGGCGUGGGGGGGCUCUCUGCUGGACGUCCUUGGGGGGACCAUGCUGGCCUCGUCCUGUCCCCGGAAGAAGCAGGUCUCCAAGUACCCGGCCCCCACCUCCAGGUCCGGACCCCCCAGCAGUGCCAAGGAGUACGUGUGA